AUGUCUGAGACCAAGAUCGGCAAGGAGGCACAAUUAUUCUUUGCCAUCCUUAACAAUAUCAAGGACUCCAAGUUGACCAAGGAUGUAAGUGAUUUGAAAUUUCUGGUUGACUGUAAUCCUUUCUCCCAGAGACCCUUUGAAGUGUAGAUGACGUUUUUGCUUUACAGCAUUUGUCGCUACUGCUCCACCUUCAUCUACCCUGCUUCAAACACUUGACUACUCUUAUCAAUGUGCUAACUUGGAACCUGUAGGUCGAUUGGGAGAAGGUUGCGGUGGAGGCUAAUUACAAGACCGGAUCCUGCGCAAAGGUUCGCUGGGGACAAAUUAGGCGUGACCGUGAGAAGAAGGCCGCUGGUGAUGGUGGAGAAGCCAGCGAGUCACCAAAGGCAACAAAGACCAAGGAUGCCGCAAAGGCACCAAAGGCAAAGACCCCCAAGGCUGAUACCAAGAGCAAGGUAGCCAAAGCCCCCAAGACACCAACUGGCAAAGGCAAGAAGGCUGUAGCCAAGGGUAAGGUGGCAAAGGAAGAUGACGCUGACGAAGAUGAAUUCGCCGAUGCUCCAGAGGAGGCAGAUGAUGAUAUCGCCGCCGGAGAAGAUGACGAGGUCAAGGACGAGAAGAAAUAG